CUCCACCUCCCCCCGCCCCCCUCCCGGGCUCCCGAGGAGAGACGCGACUGGGAACCCUUUCCCCGUGGGAGCCCAGGAGGCUUUAGCGAGCCCUGGAUUCCACUCUCCCCUGUCGGGAGAGAUGACGAGUGCGCGGGCUCAGUGAGCCCCCUCAGCGGACCUCGGCCGCAGCGGACUGAGCUGUAGCGGCGGAGGGGGGGCGCGGCCCGGCCCGGCCGGGGCCGCUCAUGGUGUCGCCACGACGCCAUCGCGGCGUAGGACGGCCAGGUGAUUUGAAUUCUUCAGCCUGUAAUAUUCUCAGCUGUGCAAAGCUUUCAAGCUUUUCUCUUCAAGACCUGAAAAAGGCCUUUAAAGGGAGACUGCAAAUGGUGUGGGUAUUUAUCAUGAACCGAAUGAAUUCCCAGAGCAGUGCUUUUACUCAGCGGAGGCGAAUGGCUCUUGGAAUUGUUAUUCUCCUACUUGUGGAUGUUAUAUGGGUUGCUUCAUCAGAACUUACUUCAUAUGUUUUUACUCAAUAUAAUAAACCAUUCUUCAGCACCUUUGCAAAAACAUCAAUGUUUGUUUUAUACCUCUUGGGCUUUAUUAUUUGGAAGCCAUGGAGGCAACAGUGCACGCGAGGAUUUCGUGGAAGACAUGCUGCUUUUUUUGCAGAUGCUGAAGGUUACUUUGCUGCUUGUACUACAGAUAAUACCAUGAAUAGUUCUUUGAGUGAACCUCUGUAUGUUCCUGUGAAAUUUCACGACUUGGCAAGUGAAAAACCUGAAAGUACAAAUGAAAAUGAAAAAACACCUAAAAAAUCUCGUGUAAGGUUCAGUAACAUUAUGGAGAUCCGACAACUUCCAUCAAGCCAUGCACUGGAAGCCAAGUUAUCUCGAAUGUCAUAUCCUGCUGUGAAAGAACAAGAGUCAAUCCUGAAAACUGUAGGAAAACUUACUGCAACUCAAGUAGCAAAAAUCAGCUUUUUCUUUUGCUUUGUGUGGUUUUUGGCAAAUUUAUCAUAUCAGGAAGCGCUUUCAGACACGCAAGUUGCUAUAGUGAACAUCUUGUCUUCAACUUCCGGACUUUUUACUUUAAUCUUAGCUGCAGUGUUUCCAAGUAACAGUGGAGAUAGAUUUACUCUUUCUAAACUAUUAGCUGUGAUUUUAUGCAUUGGAGGUGUUGUGCUGGUAAACCUUUCAGGGUCUGAGAAAUCAGCUGGAAAAGAUACAAUAGGUUCCAUUUGGUCUCUUAUUGGUGCCAUGCUCUAUGCUGUCUAUAUUGUUAUGAUUAAGAGAAAAGUAGACAGAGAAGAUAAAUUGGAUAUACCAAUGUUCUUUGGUUUUGUAGGUCUCUUUAAUCUGCUGCUGUUAUGGCCGGGCUUCUUUUUGCUUCAUUAUACUGGAUUUGAGGCCUUUGAGUUUCCCAAUAAGUUAGUAUUAAUGUGCAUUGUCAUUAAUGGCCUAAUUGGAACAGUUCUCUCAGAGUUGCUGUGGUUAUGGGGCUGUUUUCUUACCUCAUCCCUGAUUGGCACACUUGCACUAAGCCUUACAAUACCUCUGACCAUAAUAGCUGAUAUGUGCUUGCAAAAGGCGCAAUUUUCCUGGUUAUUUUUUGCAGGUGCUAUCCCUGUAUUUUUUUCAUUUUUCAUUGUAACUCUGCUAUGCCAUUAUAAUAACUGGGAUCCAGUGAUGGUGGGAGUCAGAAGAAUUUUUGCCUUUAUCUGUAGAAAACAUCGAAUUCAGAGCUUGAUGAUGAAGCACUAUACAGCGAAGAGACAAUCUCCAACAAGAUUACAUAGAAAAAAAUAUUUCAGUGCCUACUCCAAAAUGAAUAAUAAUAGUUUCAGUUCUUUGAAACUCUAAAAUACAUAUUUUUUCCUCAUUCUUGUUUCAUUGAGUUUUAUAAUGAACUAUUUUGCUACAAAUGGAUAUCACUACAAGUAUAGGAUAUUCUAGUCCAUCUAAAGGACCAACUUGCCUUACAGAUCUCAUGGGGUUCGGUUGGUGAAGUUAUCAAGGAAGAAAAUGCUGGUGUUAAAGAGACUUUGUUUUUAUAUUUGUUAAAUGCUGGACUAUGGAGCUAUGUGUAAGAAAUCUUAAAAUCUAUAGAUCAGUGUUUGUUUUAGGGGAGAUGCAAAAGGCUAAGGUGCCUUGUAGGUACGGAUUAUAUUUUUGUGUUGUGUAAACCAUUGAAUACAAACACCACAGAAAUAUAGUUUAAUUUAUGAAAUAAUACAUUUUGCGAAUCUGAGGUUGAAAAAAUAAAUCUUUGGAACAGGUUGUUUUGUUCUCUUAUACUACAUAUACUAUGUUAUCUUUGUAUGAAUUUUCUGUAGCAUUAUGUGCCUUGUGUGUUAUAAAUUCGACGACCCAGAGCAAGUUUUUAAAGGGGAAAUAGUAUUAUAAGAGGGAGGAUUAAGUACUUCUCAAGGUUAUUGAUAUGUAAACUUGACUUGCUAAAGCUGUGCUUGCUAUAAAGGUUGGAAGAAAUGGUCACUUUUCAAUGAAGAAAUUUUCAUAAUGGAAUAAUUUAGAUUGAUGAGAUAUGGCCUGUUAUUAAAAUAAAAUACUGUUUAAACUGUUA